UUUAAAGUAAAGUUCUAGGCCGCAUUUAAGGAAACAAAUACAAAUAUUUUAUGUAUAGCAAUGAACGAAAGCCUGUAUGUAAGUCGUAAUUAAGCAAUUUACGGAUAAAUUUGCGACAAUAAUUUACAAUUUGUAUUGAUCAACAGUCAAAUUAUUCUUAUGGAAUCGUAGGAAUAGAAUCCAUUGAUAAACACGCGCGUGGUUCAUCUCGCGCUGCUGCUGCGCGUGGAGUUCUAUUUUUAGCACAGACACAGAGAUGCUAGUUUGGCUGUUUUCUACACAAGAGUGUGUAGCUUAUUGAUGGAACUAAAGAUAUGCCGGAUAAAUUAGAGAAAAUGUUUGGGAGAUUCAGGAAAGUUACAGGAUGUAUUUUACUGGUUGCUAUGGUGAUUUGUGUGAUUGCAAUACUUGGGCCGACGGAAACAGAAUACGCCACGCUUGUACAUUUAAAUAAAGUGCUAUUUCAGAAGCAUCCAAAACAGAGCUUGAAAGAAAGAUCAUUCAAAACUGAAGAUAAAAUACCAGUAACUGAUAAUAUGAAAAAUGAAAUUGCUCAUCGUAAAUUAGAGUUUUCACAGUUUAAAGAAAAUCAGACUUUUUAUAAAUCUAGUUUAGAACAGCAGCAGCAAAUGCAGCAACAACAACAUCAACAACACCAACAAAAACAACAACAAGAACAGCAACAAUUGGAAGUGCGUCAUAUUGGGUUCCUAAAGGUUCACAAGGCAGCGAGUUCAACCAUGCAAAACAUUUUCUUCCGAUUUGGACUGAAGCGGAACUUGACGUUUGUUUUUACUUCACAUCCUAAUUACUUUUCCAGAAUACCUGAGCGACACUUACCGCUUGUGAAACCAAGACAUAGGAAAAGUUAUGAUAUUAUAUGUACUCAUGGUGUUUUUAACUAUAAUGUUUACUCUUCCCUCCUACCUACUGAUACUGUAUAUAUAGCUACUGUUCGGGACCCAUUAGCAGUGUUUAUUUCUGCUGUAAAUUACUAUACACAGCCUACUCAGCAAAUCCAGUACAUAGCGAAAAUCCGCGGGCAUAGGUUACAGAAACUUAUUCAAAAUCCGGAACUAUAUGAUAGGCAAUUCUUCUCGUACACGAAAAACGUAAUGGCGCGAGAUUUUGGAUUUCCGAAAACAAACGACGAGGGACGAGUAAACGCGAAGUUAAAAGAAUUAGGUCAAACUUUCAAACUGGUAUUGCUUGUGGAAUACAUUGAGGAGUCACUUAUACUUAUGAAGCGGUAUUUGAGUUGGAACUUAAAGGAUAUUUUAUUUCUAUCUAAUAACGUGUAUGGCAAAGGGCAAACAAUUGAAGACCUUACAACAAACGACAUUGCAAAAUUCAAAACACGAAAUAAGCUUGAUUACAAAGUAUAUGAUUAUUUUUACGAAAAAUUCUGGGAUCAGUUUAACAAAGAAAGUAAUGAAAUUAAGUCCGAAGUUUCUCAUUUUAAAAACGUUUUGAUUGAUUUGAAUAAAUAUUGCAUUGAUCCGACACAGAAAGGCAGUACCGAUAAUGUCUUACAAGUUGAGCAAUCGAAAUGGAACGAUCAGUUCAGUAUAAGCUUUGAGGAUUGUACAUAUAUGAAAAAAGAUGAAUUAGAAUUUAUUACUCAGUUACGGCAGAAGCAAGGGAGUGAACUCCGUGGUUAAUUUCUUAUGUUGGAGGUAAUCGAAGGAAGGUUUGUUUUGGUUGUAGGUUUAUGUGCAAGAGAUAAACCGAAAUCGGCCAGAUAAAGGAGUUCUCAUUUAACUCAAUAGUUAUUUCAUAAGGAAUGGGAGUAAACUAUGGUGUUAAUGAUAAUUGAUUAGGCAAGGGAGAGAACUUAUAAAUAUAUUAAUGCAAGGGAGUACACUCUAAAAUAAUAACAUAUAAGACAAGAGAGAGAAAUAUAAAAAAAAUAGUUGUUACACCAUGGAGUUAAAUAUUUUAUAUAUCUGUGGUUACACAAGGCAGUAAAUUACGAAAGAAUUGCUUACUUAGCAAGAGAGUGAACUCUGAAAGAAAGAAGUACUUAUUUCCAAGGGAGUGAACACCAAUGUUAAUGAUUUUCUGAGGAAGGAUGUGAACUGCGAUGUAAAUGAAUGAUAUUAUCUAUAAGGCAAGGUAUUAAACUCUGAAGGAUAUAAUUACUUUAUUAGACAAGGGAGUGAACUCCAAGGUAAAUGAUUAUAUAAUCGGAAAGAGAAUGAACUCCGGCGUUAAUGCAAAUAAGUAGAAUACGAAGGUAAUGAUUAUUUAUAAGGCAAGAAUGUGAAUUCCAAUUUAUAACAAUUACUUAUAUGAUAUACUAGUACACAACGAUAUCUUGAACUACUCAUGAGCAUAGCUUUCAUAUGUCAAACAUAUUGAAAUGCAAAGCUUGUAUCAUUCCCUCUCCACACUUGUUUUGGUUUUAUAAUGGUUUCAUAAGAUUUAUAGAAUGUCGGUGAAAAGUCAAAUCAAUUUGUACAGCAACAAUCUACCAAUUAGCUUAAAUCGAAUCUUUAUUCCAUCCCGGCAGGUCCGGCAAACUUCUUAAAUUUCCGUAAAAUGUCUUCAGGUAACAUUGAUGAAUGUAAUUUUUUGUAAAUUUUUUAAUUUAUGACGUCGCUUGAACAAAGGACGGAAAGUCCCGAAAUAUGUCGAUUUUGUCGGCAUGUUCCAAAUAAAGGGCAGCAUGUUAAGAAUUUUAAUGUCUAGCGCAGCGCAGAAUUGUGUCAAAUUUAAUAGGAUAUAUGCUGACUUAAUAAACGUGAUUGUAUGAUAUGAUGAUAUAUUCAUUGACAGGUUUGUGCAACUUUAAAUGUGCAAAGUUUUUAUUUUUUAGAUGUAGUGUUUCGGGGUUAAUGUUUACUGCAUUGUUUUUGUUAAAGAAAUGUAAAUGAAUAAUAUUCAUAUGUAUAUUUGUAGUAGGAAUACAUAUAUUAUUAUUAAGUUAUGUGAAUAUUAGACUAGCGUAGAAAUUAUAUUUAGAAGUUUAUAUCUGUUAAAAUAUGUGCCAAAUGUUUUUAGCAACGAAUAUAUUCUUCCUGAUUCAGGAACAAUUAUAAAAUAUUCGUAUUAUGUAAAAUGGUAAGCAUUUUUGUAAAGUGUACAAUGACAUUUAGUUUAUCACCAAUUAUUAUGUAUUAUUAACUGUGUUGUUGUGUUAAGCAAUUUUUGUCCUAGUUGAGUUAGACAUGAUGUUAUUUGUAGUUGUCUAAACUUACUUGUUACGAUGCUAACACCGUUUAUGUACAGCCAUAACACAAUGAGUUGAACAUGCACGAAUGGAAAUAUUUUGCAAACAAUAACUACAUGUUAUAUAAGUUUUCAAGGUCAAAAUCCUAGACAUGUACUCGUAUAGUUGCACACAUUAGAUAUGAAUUUCUAAUUUAUAUAAACACGUUGUUGAAUUUCAUUUAAUAAUGAAUAUUAAAGAUUUUUUUGUGAUAAACAUUUUAAUGCUAACUUUAAUGUUAAUGUGAAAUUCAUAAUGACCAUUGUUGCGACCUACGAUAUUUUAACUAACAAAUUUUGAAUUCUCACAUUAUUUUUUCAGAUUUUAACGAAUAUUUACCUAGGAUAUUUUCGUAAAGAUAUUUAAUAGAUUACAAUGACCGGAAACAAAUGCUUUCUUUGUGAAUUAAGUCAAACCAAUCUUCAUAGUUAAGUUUUGUGAUCGUCAUGUUGCAUUGUAACAUUUUUAUGUACACGGCUGCUAUAGCAUAAAUAUGCUUUUACAAGAGUGCAAUAAGUAGUUAAUAUAUGUGUUGUAUUGUUCAAACUAUUUUACAUGCAUUAAAUUAAAGCCAGUAUUAUAUUUAACCAUAUGUAUUAUAUCAUUUAACAAUGUUUAUGUUAAAAGAUAUUUUAAAAUUUUGUUUCAAAAUUAUACAACGCAUUUAUAAAACAGUAUUCACUCUACCAUGUUCUCUAUUGGAUUCUAUGAUGUGUUUUUCUUUAAUAAAGUAUUCAUUUUUAUCUGUAUGCAAA